AUGGUUCUUGAAGGUGGUUUAAGAAUGAAAGGUCAUAAGUGGAAUCAGAACUAUGAUUUGCAGGUAAUCUCAUUUUUUAAUCUUGGGCCAAGAAGCAGCAAAUUUCAGAAAAUCAGUAUCUGUCAUUGGAAUCCCCCAGCUAUUGGAGUCAUAAUGUUUUGCUGUGAUGGACCCUCAAUUGGAAAUAUUGGAGAAGCUGGUUUUGGAGUUGUAGUCAGAGAUCAUCUUUGUCAGGUACUUGGUACACUUACUGGUGGCAUUGGAAUUGCAACAAACUAUGUUGUAGAGGUCUAUGCUUUAAUCUGUGCUGCUGAAUUAGCUGUUCAAUGGAAUAUGCAUCAUAUCAUUUUAAAAUAUGAUUCAAAAACUGUUAUAACUGAGUUUGCACAAGGACAAGUCCCGUGGUUUGUUAGAACUAGGUGGGUCAAGGCAGCUAGUAAAAUUGGCUCAAUCAUCUUUUGUCAUAGCUAUAGAGAAGCAAAUUUUUCAGCAGAUGCUACUGCUAAGAGAGGUGCAAAACUACAAGAUGAAGAAAGACAAAUAUUCAAAGGAAGACCAUCUCAUCCAGCAAGAAUUGAAAUGCCGGGAGUGAACUAUUAUAGGUUCAAUUAG